GCUCCACUGGCAGAAGUCCUGACACCAUCCCCACUGACAAGCAGAAGCAGGGAUUCUUCUCCAACCUGGAGCAGUGUUCCGUCCCCAAUCACAUCUACUUCCUGGAUACCCAGAUGUCGUGUAGGCUAUUGAAGGUGUAUGGCCUCGGUUUCUUCAACAUCCCGGCGGAAUUCCAGAGAUUCUGCGGAGAUGGGCCUUUGUCCUUGUGGACCUUGUUGACUCUGCUGGGUUGACAUGACUCGUACUUGGGGUAUAUUAAUAUUCGCAAGAAUCCCGGUCCCGGACGACCUUGAUUCGAAUGCAAUCGAAGACGCCCGUCAAUCUUCGGCCAGAAAAGCCUUACGCCCUCUCAAGAAAUCGGCUUCUCGUCGCAUGCUUCCUCACCUGCAAAGAUGAGAGCGCUUAUCAAUCUCCGAGGCCGGAGCCUCUACUGGCUGAUGAAGUUCAUCUGCGGAACAUCCUUCAUGAUGUAUGGAUAUGAUGCUGGUGUGCUCGGUGGUGUGGUUCUACACAAGGCCUUCCUGGACGCAAUUGGCAAUCCCACGGGUGAAUGGGUCAUACCGUGGAUUUCCAGCUCCUACUCGUUGUCGGCAUGUAUCACCUGCUUGAUCGUUGCCACCUUUGCCUUCAAAAUUGGCCGGAGAGGGACGAUUCUUCUGGGCAAUGCCGCCGCCGUCAUCGGCUCCAUCAUCCAAGCGACCGCCAACUCGGUGGCACAACUCACCGUCGGGCGCAUCAUUACUGGCUUUGCUAUCGGCUGCAUCUCCAGUGCCGUGCCCACCUACUUGGCCGAGACAGGAGUCGAAAUAGGAGAUCGUGGCCCGGCCAAUGCAUUCAAUGCCAUAAUGCUUAUUAGCGGCGUUCCAAUAGCCUACUGGAUAGACUACGGCUGUAUCAAGUCGAACGGACAGUGGAGCUGGCGUGUGCCGAUUGCUUUUCAGUGCAUAUUUGCGCUCACGGCGGGACUGUGCAUGCUCUUCUUGCCGGACACACCGCGAUACUACUACGCGAAGAACCGGCACGCGGAGGGAGACGACGCGUUGGAACGGCUGAACGACGCCCCCAUCGACUCGGAACAGGUCCAGAGGAUCAAGCGCGAGAUUCUCAUCGCCAUCGAAGCAGAAGAGGAGGCCAAGUCAAGUCUACACUGGAAGGCGUUUACGACGAGCGGCAUCAUCGACCACACGCCCAUGAAGAUCAUCCGACGGCUGUGUAUCUGCUUCUGGCUCCCGAUGAUCAGGGAGUGGAUGGGCUCUUCACUGCUUGCCUAUUGGAGCUCCGUAAUCCUCAGCCGAGUCGGCGCGGCGCCCUCGCUCGUCAGCCUGCUCGCGGGGAUCCUCAACAUCUGCUUCGCACUGGGCUGCGUCCCGCUGUACUUCACGAUCGAGAAAGUUGGACGGCGGUCGGUGCUUAUGUAUGGCGCCUGCGUCAUGUCGGUGCUGAUGCUCAUCUUCACCGUCCUCCAGGCCGUGCCUGCGACGCAGUCCAUCCAGUGGGCAGGGAUCGGCAUCAUCUUCGCCUUCCUCUUCGUGUUCGGGUACGCCUGGCAGGGCUGCGUGUGGCUGUACUGCUCCGAGAUCGCGCCGCUCGAGUACCGGCACAUUGGCGGCGCGUUCACGGGGUUCGGCGAGUGGCUGAUGACCUUCAUCACCGUCUUCGCGGGCCCCAUCGGCCUGACCAACGUGGGCUGGAAGUUCUGGCUGUGGGUCCUCAGCGGCAACCUCGUCGCCGUCGCCUUUGUCUUCUUCCUGUGCCCCGAGACCGGCGGCAAGACCCUCGAGCAGGUCGACUUCCUGUUCUCCACCAGCGGCUUCGUCGCCGGCUUGAACAAGGCCGAGCGCGAUCUGGAGGAGGACGAGGAGGGCGCCGCCGCCAACGAGCGCUGGAUCGAGCUCCAGGGAAAGACUGCAGAGCAGCAUGUCGAGGUCAAGGGAUAGGAGAUGCGCAAGGCUGAACUAGCGCCGAGCGCCAGUGUCCCUCUCUUCCUCCCAGAGCUUAACGAAGUGGCAAUCUUUCAAGUCUAGCGGAUGAUCAUUGAGUGCGGGAAUGUUUUGUCGGAUUCAAGCGCGAGCCGGGACGCGUCACUUAUCGCAGAGCGUAGAGUACAGACUUUGAAAGAUUUCUAUACUGGGAAUUGGGACGUCUCAAUAUUCAAUAGUUCGGUGCACAGGGCAUACCGUGUCAAUGGCAUUAAGGCCUAUUCCUAAUGGGAUGUACGUCGACUGAGAAGCCGGAAGUAUGCUUUCGACUCUAUA